AAAACCAGUUUUAGUAAUUGUACAUGUAUUACCUGCAUUUAAAUAAGUGUAUCCGGGUCCCUGGAAAAGCGUAUUUCCCAGUGCAUUAUCGAAAAUCAAGUUUUGCAAACCCAUAAUUGAAAGUAAACCGAGAAGCGUCGGCUAAGUAAAAUAAAAAAAAUACAAAGAAAAAAAAAGAGAAAUCUUCAUAAAGAGACAGUGCAGUAGACCAACCACUCGUGGAUAACAUCUUUAAGAGACAGCAGAUAUGGGAAACCAGAUGCUCUCAACAAUUUGGAUUGUUUCCUGUAUGAUUUUAUUAACCACAUACAUUCAAGGAACUGUUGCCGUGGGGUGUACCUCAAAUGACGUCUGGACAUGUAGUACUACCUACAAUUCUGCGAUUCGUGCUGCUGGAAACGAUAUUGAAAAAAUGUGCAGUGAAACACGUCAAUUCCUGGACUGCCUAGACAAGGUAUUGGCAGCCUGUGGUACAGACAGCUCGUCACUUGAAUCAGCAAAAGAGUACGUCAACCAGGCAAGGAAAGCCAUCAACCAAUCCGCGUGCGGUGCUGCGGGUCUCUUCUUCAAUCUGAUGGUCAUGGUUUUUGGUCUCGCACUUACAUACAUAAUGAAAAAGUUCAAUGAUUGAAAUAAUAUUGAACCAUGUUUUAAGACAAUUUUUCAUGCUUAAUCUAGACUUCAUUAACUGAAUUUUAAUUGUAUGUACUUUUUUAUGUAGUCAUUUUUGUAGUCAAAAUUCAAUUACUAAGAUUUUUGUGCUAGCUUUAUAUUAUAAUGAAAAAGAACUAAAUGAAUUUAAACAAAACCUGAAAGUCAUUGCUAUUAAUACAAUAGAUUUAUGUUUAAGACGUGUAAAAUUUAUUUACUCAUGUAAGAUUUGUCAUCUAUACUGUGAUUUUUAUUGGUGCAUGUACUUAUAUAUUCUCCGAACCUCUAAACAUAAUAAGCCUCUUUAUUCUAACAAAUGUUUGGGCUUUGAAAUCAAAUUUAUUUUGACAGUAUCGAUGUAGACAUACAUUUUUAAAGACCAUUGUAAAAAUAUAUUCAUUUUUUGUGUGAAUAUAAGACUUAAAAUGUUACUAAAUUUGUAGACUCAUUGUGUAACUUUAAAUGAAUUAGUUUAGAUUCAAAAUUGUUCAAAUCAUAAACCCUUACGUGCCCCGGCAAAAGUUUUGUAGGAGAAACUCGUAUCAACACUAAACCAAUUUUUAGGUCACCUGAGUUAAUUCAGGUGACAAAUUGAUAUCCGCUUUCGUCCGUCCUCGUGCGUCGACCGUUGAUAUUUGAAUAAUUUCAGCUUCUUCUCUGCAACCGAUCGACCGAUUUCAACAAAUUUUGGCAGAAAGCAUCUAUUGGUCAAGGCUAACACAAAUUUUGUAUAUCCUUUGUCCCUGACCCCCUGGGGCCUGAGGGAUGGGACAAAAGCCACAAAAAUAAAUGCAAUCUUUAAAUAUCUUCUUUACUCCUGGACAUUAAGAGGUCAAACUGUUGGCUUGACCCCUGGGUCAGAGGUUCUAGUGAUAGGCGGGGCUAAAUAGAUUAUAUAGUGAAAAUGCAUUAUUUCUUUAAAAAAUAUCUUCUUCCCUGCUCCUGGGUGUUAAACCUAUGAAUUAUGUAUAUAGUUAUGAGGAGGAAGAAUGCCACUUCCAGAAUUGUGAAUCUCAGGGCCCCUGUGUUCAUUGAAAUUUCUUUCCGUUGUUCCUAGAUAUCAUGCCAAUGAUCUAUGUACAUACGAGGGGUGAUGAAAAGUUUGCGAACUACAAAACCACAAUUCAUAUUGGAAAAAAAUUAGUACACACAUAGCCAUACACAAGUUCUAUAAAUAGCAUAUUCCAAAUAAAGUUUUGCUCCUUG